AUGUCCAGUCAUGUGCCCGCGACGGCCCCGACACGUUCUACAAGCCGGGAAGACUCAGUAGUGAGCGACUACAACAGCACGUCAGCCGUUCCAGUAAAUCGGAAGAAGCAAAAGCGAAGGGAAAAGGCGGCUCGCCUGGCCGCCGAACGGCAGGCAUUGAACGGACAUGCGCCCACGGAUACUGUCGACGCCAACGGUUCGGGUUCGAUCGCACCGGACAGCCAUAUAUCUCACGAACACGACUCGGGGGUCGAUAAUACAAGCGAGGAUUUGCUCAAUGGACACGCGGACGACAUUCAGGAACCCCCUCCUUCCGAAAAUAACCAUAAUGAUAUUCAACAAACAGGGAGCCGGAAAUCGAAAAAGAAGAAAGGGAAGAAAGGCCGUAAUGGGUCACAAGCGAGCUCUACUCCUUUAUCGACCCCCUCCGUUUCAUUGUCGCACGCACUCCCCCCACCUCCACCCCCGCACUCCGGUUUCCGAGACUCUUUUAAGUCGAGCAAGGAGCGCAGCAUAUGGAACACUUCAACGCAGGAAGAAAGAGAGAAUAUAAAGACAUUCUGGCUAGAGUUAGGCGAGGAGGAGCGGCGGCAGCUGGUCAAGGUAGAGAAGGACGCUGUUCUGAAGAAGAUGAAGGAGCAGCAGAAGCAUUCGUGCAGCUGUACCGUAUGUGGCAGAAAACGAACCGCAAUCGAGGAGGAGCUUGAGGUCCUAUAUGAUGCCUACUACGAAGAGCUUGAACAGUACGCCAAUAACACUCAAGGGACAUUCGAACGAGGCCCGCCCAUUGUUCCACCCCCGAGACUUUACCAACCACCGCUUCGCCCGCCCGGCCAUCACACCCACACACAUGGUCAAUACCAUCCUUCACGAGGCCGUAUCCAUGAGUUACCUGAAGAUGACGAAGACUUGGAUGAGGAAUACGAUGAAGAUGAAGAGGACGAUGAGCCAUACAGCGAUGAGGAGUAUGAGGAUGAAGAUACGCGUGCUGCUCAGGCGGAUUUUUUCGCAUUCGGGAAUAGUCUAACUGUCAAAGAUGGAAUUCUUACAGUUGCAGACGAUCUCUUGAAAAAUGACGGGAAACACUUUAUUGACAUGAUGGAACAAUUAGCGGAGCGCCGCAUGCAGCGUGAGGAAGAUACACAAUACGGCAUAGCUGCAGCACAUCAAUCUCUUCACAGCGGCCAUAACCAUGGUCCGCUCGACGAUGAGGACGAAGACUACGAGGAGGACGAGGAUUAUGAUAGUCAAGAGGAUGAGGAAUAUGAGGAAGAUGAAAUGGAUGCAAUGACAGAGGAACAGCGCAUGGAGGAGGGCCGACGGAUGUUCCAAAUAUUCGCAGCUCGAAUGUUCGAGCAAAGGGUCCUUACAGCAUAUCGAGAAAAGGUUGCUGAACAACGUCAGAAUAAGCUGAUCGAGGAGCUCGCAGAGGAGGAAACGAGGAAUGAACAACGGAACGCCAAGAAAGCUCGAGAGGCCCAAAAGCGGAAAGACAAGAAGAAAAUGCAGAAGCUGGCCAAGGAUGAGGAGAAAGCUAGGCGGGACGCUGAGAAGGCAGCGGAGGAAGCCGCGGCCAAAGCGGAACAGGAAAGAAAGCUUGAGGAGCAGCGGAAGAAGAAGGAGGAACAACGGAAAAAACGGGAAGCCGAACGGAAAGCCCAGGAGGAAGAGCGCGCUCGAAGAGAAGCCGAGAGGCAGAAACGAUUACGGGAAGAGAGAGACAAACAGGCAGAGGCUGAACGAAGGCAGCGAGAGCAAAAGGAACAGGAGAAGAAGCGGAAAGAGGAGGCGCGGCGAAAAGAGCGCGAGGAGCGCGAGUUGAAGGAACAGCGGGCAAAACAAGAGCGAGAACGCAAGGCGAGAGAGGAAUAUGCGAGAAGAGAGCGAGAGCUGGAAGAGCAGGAGAAGCACGGCAAACUGGGCUCGGUCCCGUCGAACCUGCAUCCUGCCCCAGGGACAUUCCUGCAUCAGCAGUCGCCGCAUCCCCAAAUCGCCACGCCUGUGGUUCCAAAAACAUCAACCCCCGUAAGACCGCGCGGUUCCUCCCAGCAGGGAUCUCACUCUUCUUCGCCGCGAUCUCAAGCAGCCAGUACGGAGGCAGCACAGUUGUCUCCCAGAUCCGUUCUGGGAUCAUCUGUUUUGCCAAAACAUGGCCCUGCCCACCAUCCUCUUCUACACCACCCUUAUCCCACGACCCCCAUGUCACCCCUCGGCAGGCUGCCUCCUCCCGGUCUGUCCCCGUCAAACCCUCCGGGGCUUUCUGGUAUAGUCCCUCGACCCCUGGCGGGCCAUGAAUUGCCCACGUAUCCACCGCAUUCGAGUCCUUUCUUGAACCAGCAUCGAGGGUUUCAGGCGCCCACUGGGAUUCCGGCGCACCCAGGCAUGAAUGGAACCCGUCCCAUGGCCCCCGGCCGAGGAUUCCCCCUUGAAGCUCCGGGACUUCCUUUCCAUGCCCAACCACCCCUCCCUGGUGCCUUUGUACCGCAGCCCCCAGGCGGACUACCAUCCAGCCACUCUAGGCAGCCAUCCACUUCCUUUGAACGAUCUCCGCUUGACAUAAAUGCUCAGCCAUUCCCCAUUUCCCGCCCUAGCCCAAUCAAACGCCCACCCAGCACCCAGCAAGAUCACAACUCCCGCAAAGAAAUGGACGAAUUGAGCGCGCAAUUGGGCAGCAGUGCGCUGCUUGACGACACGGACAUCCCACUCACGUCAUCUCAACUCUCUCAGUCUCUACCCGGUCCAACAGGAGCAGCAGCGAUACCUGGGCCUGCACGAGCCAGCUUUACAGGCUCGUCGCUGUUUCCAACUCCACUUUCAGCCAAACAUAACAACUUCCCUGUCGGUCCCGCCGUGGGUGGCAAUACAUGGGGCGCUCAGAUGCCCUUUGGAACUCCUACCUUCCCCAGUGACCGCACAUGGGGAAUGCUUCCUGGGAGUGGCUGGCCAGACAAUGCCUUUGGCACCACUGUUCAUCCCCGACCACAUGGGUCUCGCCCUGUUACCAUCCGGCUGCUAGUUAUUCAAGCAUGCAAGCAACUCAGCACCAUGAGUCCUUCGAAAAACGCGGAUGGUUAUCACGAUGUAAACGUGGUUCUCCGCCAGGUUGAACAGCUUCAGCCAUCAAAUGAGGCGCCGAUUCCUCUCAAGGAAAUGCUCGAUAUCUGUGACACAGAAGGUAACGCGCAAAACGGCGGUGGCUCGUUUUCAAUUCAAAAGAGUGAAAAGGGCGAGUUUGUCAAAUUUGAGCCGGACACCAACAGUGCGGCCUCUGGGAAACGCGGCAGCAUUGCUCCAGGCGAAAUUGGGAGCCCUCUCAUCAGCAACAGCAUUCCGGCGUUUGGUGGGAUCGGUACACCUCCAUCCUCCGUCCUCCGACAAUCUUUUUCUCCUCCCGCUGGUUUCUAG